CGAUAUCUGUAUUUAUGGAUGGCGCGAACGGAGCUAACGUGUAAAUACACAGCAGUCUACGAUCUGGCUUCUGCAGAGUUCAGGGCAAGUUAACUUAUAUGGUUUGAAAAAAUGGAUCAUGGGAAAACAACAGAAGAAAUAGAUUCAUCAGUGGCUGAAUUAGUCAACUUGAUGAAUGAUACUUUCACAUGCUGCAUGAGGAACUAUCAAGCCUUACUGCCAUACCUUGAGAAAAAGAAUACAAGACCCAAAAUAUAUAAAAAAUUAGUGCAUGUUAAUAUAAUGCUGAACAAGUUGAAUGAAGAACUUGUUGGACUUAGAGUUGAAUAUGUAACUGUGUCGUCACAUGAACUAGAAAGUGAGGCCGUUGUGUCUGAAAGAGGUAGGAAAAGAAAAACAUCUGAUGAGUCCAUGGUAGGCAGACCUGAGACCAAAAGUAUAAAAACAGAAGUAUCCAGUAGCACUAAGUAUUCCUCAGAGAAUUUUGUAUCAAAAGAAACUGAAGAAACAAGACAUACCCAGGUGCAGAAGACUGACACACACAGGAUGGAAAGUAUAAAAACAGAAGUACAAGAUUGCAGUGAAGUUGAAGAUUUACCUGUUUUCCCCAUUAGUAAUAGUGAGAAUCCUACAUCUCAGGCAUCACUUGAUACUAGAGAUAAUAGUGUGACUGUUUGUUUUGAUGGUGAUGAGGAAAGUGCAUCUGUGGCAGAUAGGCUUGUGAGGAUUAAUACAUAUUUUAAACCCAUUGAUACAAUUACUCAGACAAAAAAUAACGAACUGUGUCUUCCAUUGCAAAAUUCCAAAAGUGAGACUAGAGAUCAAGAGAAAUAUGAAGACAUUGGCAAACUUCUUAGUAAAGAUCAUGAUACUCACAGAGGACUGAAAAGAGAAGUUGGCUGUGCCACUUCUUUCUCUUACCAGGCAGAAAGACCUUUCAACAAUAAAGAACCACCUGUUCCUUUCACUGCUUGUGAUAAGGAAUCUGAUAUGUUGAUGGAAAGGAGAGCAAACAGUUGUAAUGAGGUAGAGAAAAGAGCUCAUUCUCCUAUAAGAUAUGAAAAAGAUUGUGUACCUGUUCAGAGGUCAGUGGAACUGUUUAGUCCAGGACAUGAACUUUAUGGUGUGAUAAGGUACGAGAAUCGGAAAUUGAAAUGCGUGUUGUGUGAUCGUGAACUUGCCAAUUACAAGGUAGUGUAUGAGCAUGUGAAUGGGAAAAGGCAUCAACGGAAACAAGCUCCCAAGAAAAACAGCUGUGCUAAAAAGCCUGAUGUUUCAAAUAAUAGCUCUGUAAGUACAACACCUGCUUCUGUGUGUGCUACUGUUCCCUGCUCACUUGCUGAUAGUGUUGCUAUUGUGGACAAAAGUUAUCAGUUAGAAGUAAUGGAACACACAGUCAGAUUAAACGAUAUGUGGAAAUAUUUUUCUGCACCACUUCAAAUCAAUAGAAAAUAUUUCUUGAUUAAUUCCGGUGAAGUGAUCUGCUCUCUUUGUAAUCAACGUGUAGAAGAACGUGUACGCAGUGUAAAGAUACAUAUUAUAAAAUGUAGUCAUCUGAAACGGAUAAAAAGAUUAAGAAGCUUAGAAACUGCUUGGAAGUCCUCGAAUCAACAAAUGUUGAAAGUAGCGGGCAUUCUAGAUGGCUGUAUUCCUAAGACUCAGUUUACUUUGCAAAAUGAUGGGAUUUUUUGUAGAGUGUGUCAAUGUUUUUGUGAAAAUCAUACUGUAUUAAAUCAUUUGACGAGUCAAAUGCACUACAGAAAGUCACACAAAAUGGAAUAAAUAUAAUAUAAGAAAACAGAAACAGUAAAUGGCAAGAAUCUGUGCAGUUAUAACAUGUUAUUUUUAAUGUAAAUAUAUUAUUUCCUUUGGUUUUAUGUUAAGAUUCAUUGGUUAAGGCAUCAGGGCAGAGAUUUGAGAAAAUAGAUAGAACAAAUGGCACUUAAUUAAAGAACUAUUGAUGAGGAGAUAUAAAGGAUUUUCAGUCUAAGCUCAUAGACAACAGUUUUUAACAUAUUUGGUCCAAUUCAUCUUGAAUAUAUUAUGUUUAAAUGGCUCUUCCCUUGCCCCAUAGUUUUUAAGUGCAUGUUAUUCUUUGUUGGGUAGUUUAAGUUAAUUUUUAUUUAACUGCUUUUAUGUCUUAUUGAUCAUAUGUAAGACAAUUUGUUAUAUGAGUUACAUCAGGUGUUGAGGUAACCUUUUCUCUUGCUGGUGCACCUACACACCAGUCGACUAUUCAAGCAUCUUGUAUGUAUAACUGUUUUGUUUAUCUAUUCCACAUUCUGUUAUUGAAGAGAGGAGUCGCUGAAUAGGAAUGCUUUUAUUAUUUUUGUUAAGUUAUUUGUUUAUUUAUUUAAUUUUAAAGUGGAAAAACUUGAAAUUAGUAGGCAGGUGAAGUACUAGGGCUGUUGAAGAAAUGUCUGAUCUUACUUUUUUAAUGUUGAAAAGAAGACUGUUAUCAGGGCUUACAUUCUCUCUAUGUGUGCAGGCAUAUGUAAUGCAGAUGCCGCCCCCCCCCCCCCCCCCCUCCACUACCACAGAAACAACUGGUCACUGGUUAGCUGUUGAUAAGUGAACUGGUGUAAGUAGUAGUUGUAGGAUUUUAAUUGUGGGCAGAAUGGCAGAAAAAGGGGGAGAAAUUUGCAUCAAAUUUUGUUUUAAGUUUGACGAUUCUCUGAUAGAUACAAUCUGCAAGAUUCAAAAAGUGUUUGGGGGCAAAGCAAUGGGUACCACAUAGGUAAAGGAGUAAGAACUGAGCAGAAGCAACUUUAUUUGGAGAUUGCACAUGGCAUGCUGGAUACUGUGAACAUUAAUAUCCAACGUUCUUAACACAGUGGUCACUGGUGACGAAUUCUAGGUUCAUAGGUAUGACCAAGAAACUAAGUUCCAGUCAUAGCAAUGGAAGCAUCCACUGUCCCUAAGACCUAAAAAAGUGAGGCAGGUCUGCAGCAAUGUGAAAGUCACUUUGACCAGCUUCUUUGACUCCAGUGGCCUGGUCCAUAACGAGUUCAACCUAGAAGUACUAAUGUCAAUAAGAAGUAGUACAAGGAGGUUUUGCUUCGCCUUCGUGUAGCAGUGAGAUGCAAACGGCCAGACUUGUGCGGAGCGGGCAGUUUAAACCUCCAACACAAUAAUGCACCCACUCAUCAUUCUCAAAUAAUUCAAGUGUUUUGGCCAAACACAACAUGGCUGUGAGCGUCAGCCUCCAUGUUCUCCUGAACUAGCAUCUAGUGACUUCUGGCUUUUCCUAAACUGAAAAAGUCUCCAAUAAAGUGACCAGAUUUAAGAACAAGGAAGACAUUACACAGAAUUCGAUGGAGCAGCUGCGCAACAUACUAAAAGAGGGUUUCCAGCAGUGUUUCCAGCAGUGGCAGCAGUGUUAGGAGAGGUGUGUACAAGGUGAAGGGGACUGCUUUGAAUGUGACUAGUGUCAAUUAAUUGUAUCUGAAUAAAGAUUCAUGUUAUAA